CUUACUGGACUUUCCUUUCCUCCCUUCUUGCUCCCUCCCUUCGUUGCUGGAGGAGCCAACUUCAAACGCCUCUCCACCUGCCCCCCCCCCCCAGCUCUCACCAGGGAGGCCCCAUCAGCCGAUAGAGGACCUGGUGUGACUGCCAGUUGCCUGUUUCAUUGGCAGCCCAAAGACCCAGAGGACCCCAGGAUCAUAUGUGUGGCCUGCUAGAGGGAAUAAGAGAAAGCCAUCCUGAGAGGCCUAUGGUGCCCCUCAAGCCCGCUCUCUACGUACUACCAAUGCUGCUGGCAUUUCUUGAGUCGGCUCUGGGCUGGGCCGGGUCCCAGUCCUGCAGUGUCCAGGAGGUACUCCGGCACUACCAGGCUGUCAUCUUCCAGGACUUGCAGGCUGCCAUGCAAUGGGCUGGGACGAGAGCCCAGCAUACAGAACCUGGGUCCCGGCACCACCACCUGACUGGAGCUGGUGGAGGUCAGGGACAGCCAGGGGCUUCCUGUGAUGCCCAGAAGGAGCGUAGCAUCCUACUGUCUAUUGAGUCCCUGGGUCAGACCCUUCUUGGGAGCGUGGCUGGAGUUCCCCACAAUGCAUUAGAGAAAGCGGCAUGGACAGUAGCGGUGCGCACCAAGGCGGUGAUGCGCAGACACUGCCGGACAUCCAGCAGGCAGAUCCUGCAGCCCAAGCGGCGUCCAGAACAGCAGCGUCCCAGCCGGAGGAGGCUCCUGCUACGUGCCCUGCACGCUGUCGCCACCUGCUGGGAGAAGCUCUUUUCCCUGAGUGCCAUGGCCACCAGAGAAUUCUAG